GUCGAGGGGUCGCGGUGGGACAGUGAGGCGACCCUGAGGGGACAAGGAGGAGACCGAGGGGAUCGGGAGAUAUCUGAGGGGACCGUGUGGGGAAGAGGCACCAUGUCCUCUACAUCUAAGAAGUACCGGGACUUCGUGGCGGAGCCUCUGGAAGAUAAGCCUGUGGGGACCUUGGCCGGAAUCGGGGAAGUGCUGGGCAAGAAGCUCGAGGAGAAGGGAUUCGACAAGGUCUACAUGCUGCUGGGGCAGUUCCUCCUGCUCCGUAAGGAUGAGGAACUGUUCAAGAAGUGGAUGAAGGAAACGUGCGGAGCCAAAGCCAAGCAGAGCCAGGACUGCUGCUCUUGCCUAGAGUGGUGCAGUGCGUUUCUUUAGAAUCCCAACCGAGCCUGGACACCUCCACACCAUACCCGAGCACCCCAAAAUUCCCCCCAGCUUCCCCUGACACCCCAAACCCUCCCUCCGCCUCCACAAA